AUGGCGCGGGAUGGCCGUCGUUUGAAUCCUGGCGAUGCAGUUGCUCCUAUCGUGGGCGAGCCCUUGAGAGUUUUGCGGCCGUCCUACGGCAAUGUCCGCGCAACCUACAUGACCUACAUUGAUGUGCUGCAGAGGUCGUUGGAUGGCUCCCACUUUCUUGGCAAGACCACUGGUCCAGAGCGUCACUCAGAGUGGUUCUCGCCCGAAGAUGUGCGCAACGGCAACGACGAGUUUGUCAUGGCAUGUGCUCAUGCUAAUGUGUUGCCAGAGCAGCGCAGGUUCCGUGAGCAGGAGGUGGCCAAAUUGCAGGAGGCCUUUCUGACAGACAACCUUGUGCACUUGAAUGAGGUGGCGCGGGUUCCAGGUUUCCGGACAGCUGCAUCCAAGUACAUGGUGAAGGUCACUCGGAUCCGUGCAGAACGCCCAGCGCGUUUGCGUCCCGACAGCCAGCUGCAGACAGCUAACUUGUCGGAGUUCCGCAGAGCUUUCCAGCUGCAGAUCUACGACGGGGAGGUUUCAGAGAUAGAUCCGGACGGAGAGUUUUUUUACGUGACCUUUGAGAUCCCGGCGAGGCCAGACAGUCCUGAGAGAACCGAGAGAACCGGGCUCUGCCAUGCGAGGGAUGCUGGUCGCUUGCAGCGGCCCCUGCAGGAAGGAACGUUAGAUGUGGGACAGGCCGUCAGGGUGCGCAUUUUGAGUGAGCUGGAGGGGGUCACCUACCUCACUUUGCAGCUCACCGACUUGCUUGGCGUGGACAUGGAACACCUGAUAGAGCGCUUCUUCCGCACUGGCCGCCCUUGUGUAGAGGAGCUUUCCAUAACACACAUCGACUGGGACGACCCGCCUGCCGGAGUCUCGCGAGGAGGCAGCGUCAGCCAUGUUGCCCAUCAGGUGGCGCAGGAGAUGCGACCGCCUGACUUGAUCGACUAUCAGAAGUAUCAAUGCUGGGCAGACUUCUGGUGCGACGAGUGCGGCAGAUCCUGGUCGUCAAUCCUGGCCUGGGGAGUGUGCUUCCGUGAGGAUGAUGUGAACGCCUGCCUUUGCAACAUUGAGCGGAGGCGCUUGGUGGGCUGCGUGCACACAUUCAAAAGCGUGGAAGACUGCCGAAGAGGGCAGGGUCCUGAUGAGCGGACGAGAUGGUUCCCAGAACGCAAUGCCCGGUCUGUGUUUCAACGUUGCAGAGAAUGCGAGGGCCGUGGUUCUGCCGUGAAGGUGGAGGUGUUCUACAACCAGCAGGGUACAGGGCACCAUCUCCCGCAGCAUUGCCCACAGUGCUGCUUGAACGGUUCCUGGUGUGUAAACCAGGGGGACCCUCCCACGAUUGUUGAAGAAUACACGGCUCUCCUCCGCCUGCUGGAUCCGAGGCUGCGCUGGGAAGCCAGCGACAUCGGCCUGGAGUGCGAGUUCAUGGAGACAGGCAGGCACAGAAACCGAUGGUUGAUACAGCUGGUGCCAGAAGUGUUCAUCGUACCAGAUCACCUGUGCUUCGGCCGUGGCAACGAGAUGCGUUACACGCCCACAGGGCAAGAGCCUGAACUUCUCCGAGGAGAUCGCUUGCCAGCCGGAGUUGACCAGGAGGCUCAGCUAUUUGCUUCCAUGACGGUGCCUGAGGCCGAGCUUGCCGCUGGGAAUCUUCACGGGGAAGGAGAUGACUUUGAGGAUGCGCCGCAGGGGCUGAGUGAGGAAGAGCAGGCCCUUCUGAACUUCGACCGCGUGGGUGGCGCAUUGUCUGGCCGCUUGGACAGGAAGCCACGAAUCUAUCGGCUAUCCCGUGCUCCGCAGUUCCCAGGUGACAGAUACCAAGGUGAUGGAAGGGGUCUCUUUGGCAACUACGGUGAGCGCCAUGGCGUGACUUUCUUCAAGCCAGCAGGUAUGGUGAAGCGGCGUGUGCAGCUCUCUCCGGAAGAUGCUCGUCCGGGGCUUGCCAAUCAUGUUCCAUGGGACCUCUUUUCCAUCGGCCGCGCGCAUCCUCUACGACCGGCUCAGGCGACCUGGCACCUGGCGCAGUGUGCUGAUGGCCCACGGCAAUGCAGGAGCACGUGCACCGACAAUCUACCUGUCACCGGCGGUUGCCCAGCAGCAAUGGUUGGCUACUCAUUGUUUCCGGCCUAUGCCCCAUUGUAUCAGUUUGGUCCACGCCAAUGGGUCCAGACGGUCUUGAUGGUCAAGGUCCGCCCAGGCUCAUACCGAAUGCAGACUAACACACUGGGGCCAAGCCGUCAUUGGCCCCGGGAUCUUCGCAUCGAUCCAAACUUCAAGACGCACGAAGACCUCGAGGCCUUGGUUGAAGAUGAAGACGAUGUUCGGGUGAUUGGAGUUCUGUUCCGUAAGCUGGGCGACGUGGACGCCUCCAUUUACGGGGAGCUUGUUCGGCAAGUGCAAGGGCACACGGAUAGACCACAGUUUGAGUUGACCAGCAUUCUGCAGGACCACUACCGUGCCAACGGAUAUUUCACGGACGCUGAUUUGCCCUUUGACCAUCCCGCAGUUGCAUGA